CUCCUCUUGUGAAGUACUGCAGCGAGAGAGCACUGCGUCGGGGAGGGGUGGGGGGGAAAAUCACGUUGUGCACUUCAUUUACGUCGGAUCCACUUCUUUGUUAAAGAAAUACCCGGGAGAUUUAUUCAAGAUGUAUCCAACAAUGGGUUUUAGGAAGCUCUAGCUACUUUUGUCGCCAUAAAUGAAGACCUACUGAGCUGACCAUUCCCAGUGCAAACCUGUCCUUCUUCUUCCCUGUAUACCAACUGCUUUAGCCAGGAUGGAGGACACUUACAAUAACAGGACUUCCCUGGUUAAAGGGGCCAAGGAUAUAGUCAAGGAGGCAAAGCGGCAGGCGACAAAGAAGGUCAACAAGGUGGUGGACCGCGCUGCCGAUGAGUAUUCAUCCCACCACAACUAUUCACGAUUCCAGGACGAUGCGGAUGACGACGAUGAGGAUUUCUAUAGGAAUCCACCUAGGCAAGAUGGGGAGGGUUACCAUGACAAUGACGAAGGCUCCAGUGAUGCCACGGAGGGCCACGAUGAUGAGGACGAGAUCUACGAGGGCGAGUACCAGGGGGUUCCCUCCACAGGCGACAGGAAGCAUAAGGAGGGCCAAGUGGCUCUUGGGCAACCGAUGUCGGACGCAAUGAGGGACAGAAAAGAGCUGGAGCAGGAACGACAGGCUGAUGAGGAGGAGCUGGCACAACAGUACGAGCUCAUCAUCCAAGAGUGCGGCCACGGGAGGUUCCAGUGGCAGCUGUUCCUGGUUCUCGGACUGGCCCUCAUGUCAGAUGGCGUCGAGGUGUUUGUGGUGGGCUUUGUGCUUCCAAGCGCCGAAACAGACAUGUGUGUACCUGACUCCAGCUCAGGAUGGUUAGGGAGCAUUGUUUACCUGGGGAUGAUGCUGGGCGCAUUCUUUUGGGGAGGAAUGUCAGACAAAGUUGGCCGCAGACAGUGCCUCCUCAUUUGCAUGUCCACAAACGGCUUCUUCGCCUUCCUGUCGUCUUUUGUCCAGGGUUACGGCGUCUUCCUUGUUUGUCGCCUCGCCGCAGGGUUCGGGAUAGGAGGUGCAGUGCCCAUUGUCUUCUCUUUCUUUGCAGAGGUUUUAUCGAGGGAGAAAAGAGGAGAACACCUGAGCUGGCUGUGUAUGUUUUGGAUGAUUGGCGAGAUCUACGCAUCCGCCAUGGCUUGGGCCAUUAUACCGCAUUAUGGAUGGAGUUUCAGCAUGGGCUCGGCAUACCAGUUCCACAGUUGGAGAGUGUUUGUGGUCGUCUGUGCUCUGCCUUGCGUGUGCGCCGUGGUCGCGCUUACCUUCAUGCCCGAAAGCCCCAGAUUUUACCUUGAGGUGGGGAAGCACGAUGAAGCCUGGAUGAUCCUCAAACAAAUCCACGACACCAACAUGAGAGCGCGUGGGCAGCCGGAGAAAGUCUUCAGCGUUAACAGGAUAAAGAUCCCCAAGCAGCUUGAUGAAUUGAUCGAAUUGGAGUCGGAAACCGGGAAUCCAGUUUCCAAGGCUGUUUUCCGGAUGAAGGCUGAAAUCCACGGGAUCUACCUGAAUCUCAUGAAGUGCUUCAACUACCCAAUGCGAGAAAAUAUGAUGCGACUCGCCAUAGUGUGGUUCACGCUGUCUUUCGGGUAUUACGGUCUGUCUGUCUGGUUCCCUGAUGUCAUCAAACACCUCCAGGCAGACGAAUACGCCUCCAAAGUACAAAUCCACAACAACGAACGCAUCGAAGACUUCACCUUCAAUUUUACCCUAGAGAACCAAAUACACAAAAACGGACUUUUCAUCAACGAUCGAUUCACCAACAUGAAACUCAAAUCCGUCACCUUUGUUGACUCCACCUUUCGCAACUGCUACUUUGACGACGUCACAUCGGUGGGAUCCUAUUUCCAUAACUGUACUUUCAUCGUCGCAUUCUUCUUUAAUACAGACAUUGACGACUCAAAGCUGAUCGACGGCACCGAGGUGGUCAACAGCACGUUCACCCACAACAAGACCGGAUGCCAGAUGACAUUUGAUGAUGAUUACAGCGCCUACUGGGUUUACUUCAUCAACUUCUUGGGUACCUUGGCCGUUCUACCGGGGAACAUCGUGUCUGCUCUUCUCAUGGAUAAAACAGGCCGUCUGUCCAUGUUAGGUGGCUCCAUGGUGUUGUCGGGCAUCAGCUGCUUCUUCUUGUGGUUUGGCACCAGUGAGUCCAUGAUGAUUUUCAUGCUGUGCCUUUACAAUGGCCUGAGUAUCUCUGCCUGGAACUCUCUGGACGUGGUCACGACUGAAUCUUUUCCCACUGCCAGGAGAGGAACAGGCUUUGGAUUCUGCAACGCCCUGUGUAAGAUGGCUGCAGUAUUGGGGAACCUGAUUUUCGGUUCUCUGGUUGGCAUCACAAAAGCAAUCCCCAUCCUGAUGGCUUCAUCGGUUCUAGUGGGGGGAGGUCUGGUCGGCCUUCGGUUGCCUGAUACCAGGGCAAAUGUCCUCAUGUAAUACCAGCUUCAUAGUACAACCUAGAUAAAACAUGAAGCUUACGGGGCUAAGAGAUCAUUCGGGAAAAGAGUUUAAGUGGCUUGGAUCUUUCAUGCAGUGGAUAUAAAAAGUCGACGCUAUGCUAUGAUUUUUGUGAUGUAAAAAAAUGAGACCGAGCUAUGUCGUUUCAAAAGUUUUUUCCACCAUUAAUGUCAAUAACCUGUGCAAGUCUGUUGACAAAAAGGAAUAGUGUAGAGAGGGAGGUAAAAAUAAAAGAUUGACCUGAUCAAAAAAGAAAAGAGAUGGGAGUCGGCACUGACCUGCAUCUAUUUAAAAUGCUUCUGGCUUACCCCAAAUAAAUUUCGACUCUUCUAGUAGGCUUUUCUUGUUUUGUAGUCACAUCUUAGCGCACAAGCAAUGUGCCGCAGAGAGCUUUUUUUCAAAGCUAUCAGUCUAGAAAAGGGUGCAAAAGAAUUUUCCAAUGAAGGCAUUAAUUAUACAAUAAAACACGCUAAAGAUCAUCUACCAGUGGAUAAAAUAUACCACAAUAGUGACAUUACCAAGAACUGGUUGUCCCUUCAAAGUUGUUGAAAAGGCAAGAAGAAAACUUGUCAGGAAGGCUGUCAAGAGACUGACAGCAACCUUGAAGAGGCUGCUGGAAUGUCCCAAAUGCUUGAACUUUCUGACAAUCAUUCCAAAAUUUAGGUUUGGCACAAACACAUCACUGCUCAUCACCAACACAUUCCUUCACAUGGGGUUAGGGAGGGUCAUUGCCGAGGUGGAGGGAAUUAUGAACAGUUCCUAACACCGGUCAGUGUUAGUGUUACCUUCAACAAAGCAAAUGUUGUCAGGAAAAGAACUAGAACAGCUGAACUUUAUUUGGAUAAUCAGCGGCACUUUAAAUGGUGUCAUUUGGGUUUUGACUGCAAUUGAAUGAGUUUGAAAGCAACUGGUUAAUUCUGCACAAAGCCACAUCAUCAGUUGCACCAGAGGGUGUUACCACAUUAUUUGAGUUGUUUAUUUGUACUUCUAUUCCCCAAAAUAUGUGUUUUUUUGGGUUGUGUAAAAGGUUAUAUUAAUGGUGUGAAAAGUUUUGAAAUGAUUGACAUUAGUCUCAUUCUUACAUCACAAAAAACAAUUUUAAAGGGGCAUCUCGACUUUUUAUAUCCAAUCUAUCUUGACUGCUUUAAUCAUACGUAGCUAGCUUAUAAAGUCAGUAAAGCAGUGCAGCAAUUAGAGCAAAUCAUUCGUCAGGGCAAGAUUCCUCGCAAGUUAAUUAGUAAUUUACUGCAUGUUUUAUGGGGGGAUUUUGCAAAAGAAGGCUGAUGUUUGCACAUUUGCGACUAAAAGUUUGGUUUAAUUUUGUUGAAGGAGGGACCCCAGUUCCAGCCAGCAUCUUCUAUGGUGUUAGCGCAUUGCUUAAACUAAAGGCUUUUAAUAUUAGUGGUCUUAUUAAGAGGAGCCAGAUGGGGAGAAAAGUGCAAAACAAGCUGUAAUGAGCUCAGCCAACCUGCUGUGUGAUAACGGAGGGAAUAGAUGAUCAGACAGAGCGGACACGCAACGCAGAUGCACGGCAGCUGGUUUACCCGCAAACACCUAACAUGUUGCAGAUGGUCAGGCAGAGUGCAGACAGGUGCAACAUAAAAAUACAUGAAAGCUCACACAUCGACACACUUUCAGCUUGGACUCUACCCAAUAUUUGCUGACAUGGUCUGAAACUUCUCUAAAGUAGAUGUGGGCUACCAAGCCCUUUGCAUUAUCUACCAACUGAAUAAAAAAAAAAAAGGCAUACAUAGUAGUUUUUCUUUUACCAAUAACCUUUCCCUUGUCAAUUGACAAUAUAGUUUCCACCUGUGUCAUUGGAAUGAUUGAGCCAUACAUUGAAACCAAGCCUUGUCUCAUGAAUAACAGUUUAAAAUUAUGAUUAAAAAAGAAGAAAAAAAACUCUUAGUGCUCUGAUUUUGUUUUAUGUAGCUCGCUUGUGGCAGUUACCCACAAUCAUGACAAAAAAAAAAAAACAAAUACUGAAUGCCUUUUUAAACGUGCCUCUCCUGAGCUGGAGCAGUCUACCCAUAGUCAUGUGGUAUCUUGAGGUUGUAGGACAGAAUAUAUAU